CUCCACUCCCAACAUCUGAAAACCACAGAAAGCACCUCCUCCCUGCUCAGAUUCAACACACAUUGUGUCACUUAAGCAGGAAACGAAACAAAAACUUGUCUGCCCGCCAUUCUCCAUACAGAUAUGGCAGAGCCUCACAUCCCAGUGAAGAGGGACCAUCUCUGCUGUCGAAUCUGCAGGACAUUUCUCAGGAAUCCGGCGACUAUUCCCUGUGGGCACAAUUUCUGUACGCUUUGCAUCCAGGAGUCCUGGGAUAACAAAGAGAGGAACGGCUAUUUGUUUAGCUGCCCUGAGUGCUACUUUACCUUUUCCUCAAGACCUCAGCUGAUCACAAACACAACUCUGGCUGAGUUGGUGAACGACACACAGAGGGGUAAAUCUGGAGCUGGGAGCAAGACGGAGCAAAGCUGCUCCGCUGGGUCUACAGGUGAGCCCCAGACCCCCAAGAGACCCAGGACCUCUAUAGAACAAAGGGAAUCAGGAAGCGAUAUAUGUCGGAGGCACCGUCUCCCUUUGGAGGUAUACUGCUGCACUGACAAGCAAAUCAUCUGUGAAUUGUGUGCAUUUUAUGAACACAAUGAACACAGAACUGGGUUGGUGAGUGAGGAACGCAGGAGGAAGCAGGAAGAGCUGCAGAACAUAAAGAAGAAAUCCAAGGAGAUGCUCUGUAAACAGGAAAAUGAACAGAAGAACAUGAGAAAGACCCUCAGAAAGGUUCAGGAGGGGGCGAGAGAAGCCGAGGAUUACUGUGAGAGCAUUUUGGUCACAAUCAUUGACUCCCUCCAGAGACAUUAUGGCUCAGUGAGGGAGCUGAUUGGGGCUCAGGAGAGGGCAGCAGCAGCUCAGGUUCGAAAGUCCCUGAUGAGCCUGCAGCGAAAAAUGGAGGAGAUAAGGACAAGGGAUGCUGAGCUUGAUGUUCUGGCACAGGUUGACAAAGAUGCCCAUUUCCUCCAGAAAUGUCCCUCACUCACUGACCUCUGUGAAAAUGACAAUUCCCACAAGGUUUCAGAGGAUCUACUCCUUCCCUUUGAGUCUACAAAGGCAGCGGUAGAACAGCUCGGGAAGCAGCUACAGGCAUUUUGUGACAAAGAAUUUGCUGCAAUCUCUCAAACUGCUCUCUCUGCAAUCAAUAGCAUGCAAACAGGGAAGACCACUGAGCCUGAAACAAGAGCCGAGUUUCUGGAGUAUGCUUGUGAACUCAGCCUGGACCCAAACACAGCACACGAGCACCUGGUUCUUUCAAAUGGAGACAAAGAAGUGAAGCAUUACCCUCAGAAAUGUAGUAACCCGGGCGCAUGUCACCCUGAGCAGUUUAUCCACCGCCGGCAGGUGCUGUGCAAGGAGGGUCUGCAGGCCGAGCGCUGCUACUAUGAGGUGGAGGUGGAUGGAGACAAGGCUGAGAUCGCCCUCACCUACAAAGGCAUCGACAGAAAAUCACGCACAACUCUCUCAGCCUUCGGGGCCAAAGCAAACUCCUGGAGUCUUGAUCGUUCCAGGACGUACUCUGUAAGCCACCAAAAUGACAGCGUCCAGCUUACAACAACCCCCAGUCAUAAGAGAAUAGGAGUUUAUCUGAAAUUCAGGGAGGGUACUCUGUCGUUCUAUGAGGUCUCAGACAGGAUGAAGUUUCUCUACAAGAUUGAAGCCACAUUCACAGAACCACUGUACCCCGGAUUCUGGCUUGGAGAGAAGUGCUGCAUCAGGCUUUGUGAUCUCAGUUAGGGAAGUGGCUGAUUAUCCAAGAAGCUGCGAAACAAGUUAUGCUUAUUUGAGGGAAUUUAUUGCUAGGAGAGCCACAUUGAUACUUCCACAUUUUUUUUUGUUUAUACUGUGGGUUGUUUUCCAAGGCUCUGCUGCAUCUAGCAUUACUCAUAGAACCUGUUACGAGUCA